GACGGCGCGGCCGUUAGCUCACGGAGGUCCCGAGCACCGCUCCCUGCCUCCCCCCGCCGGCCGCUCCCGCCCGCCUCCCUCCCUGCCCCCGGGCCGCCCCCUUCCCUCGGGCCGCCUGUGCCCCCCGGCCCCGGUACGGAGCGCGGGGCGCUCCCGCCCCUCCAGACCCCGGCGGCGGCUCCUGCCGAGCGGAGCGGGCGGCGCGGGGGCGGUGCGAGGCGGCGGGCGCGGUGCGAGGCGGCGGGCGCAGCCCGGCAGCGGGGCCGCUGUGACCGCAGGGGAGCGCGGCUGCGGCAGCCCCCGCCCGCGACGUGGGGCACGGCGCUGCCGGCCGAGCGGAGGGGGCGGCGGCCCCGGCCCGGGGAUUUCUCACCUUUACCGAGUUUGGCCGGCCCCACAACGCAGAAGAAAGUUCAGCGUGCGGGAAGUUUUGGGGCAGCUCAGGGAGUAACGCGGCAGCUGUGACUGCUAUUUCGGGCGGUGUGGUUUUUGUUUGGGGUUUUUGAGUGUGUGUGUGUGUCUUUUUUUUUUUGUUUUUCUCCUUCAUACAACUCCUCCAAAUACACAAGCAACACGCAACAACAACAUACAAAAAGUCCGGGAAGAGGGAGAGAGCACGAGAGAGAGAAGCAGCCUUGGUGAGGAGAGCCCGGUUUCUUUGCAGAGACACGGUCCCGUUCCCAGCGGAUCCCAAUGCAACUGCUCAUCCUCCUCCUCCUCUACGCUGUCGUCUGUGCGAACUUUUGUAGCCGUCAGGGCACCACUGCCCCGGCCCAGGGCGGAUCUAUAAAAGCCUUGCGGUCCUCGAAUAUCAGGCGAGAUGAGAGCAAUCACCUCACAGACUUGUACCGGAAAGAAGAGACCAUCAGCGUGGCAGGGAACGGCUGCAUCCACAGUCCGCGCUUCCCCAGCAGUUACCCCAGGAACCUCCUGUUGACAUGGCGGCUCCACUCCCCAGAGAGCACCAGGAUCCAGCUGGCUUUUGAUAAUCAGUUUGGACUGGAGGAGCCCGAAAAUGAUAUCUGCAGGUAUGACUUUGUGGAAGUGGAAGAUGUAUCAGAGACCAGCACGGUUAUACGAGGACGGUGGUGUGGACACAAGGAAGUCCCUCCAAGAAUAACAUCAAGAACAAAUCACAUAAAGAUAACCUUCAAAUCUGAUGAUUACUUUGUUGCUAAACCUGGAUUCAAGAUUUGUUACUCCCUUGUGGAUGAUUUCCAGCACGCAGCCUCAGAAACCAACUGGGAGUCAGUCACAAGCUCUAUCUCAGGGGUAUCCUAUCCCUCUCCAUCAGUGACUGACCCUACGCUCACGGCGGAAGCACUGGAUCAGACCAUUGCUGCAUUUGACACAGUGGAGGAUCUACUCAAGCACUUUAACCCAGAAUCCUGGCAAGAAGAUCUUGAGAAUUUGUACACAGACAGUGAACACCAUUAUCGAGGCAGGAGCUACCAUGACAGGAAAUCCAAAGUUGACCUGGACAGGUUGAAUGAUGAUGUGAAACGUUAUAGCUGCACUCCAAGAAACUACUCUGUCAAUUUAAGGGAGGAACUGAAGCUGACAAAUGUAGUUUUCUUCCCCCGCUGCCUCCUUGUCCAGCGCUGUGGAGGAAACUGUGGCUGUGGGACUUCGAGCUGGAAAUCCUGCACGUGCAUGUCAGGGAAAACAGUCAAAAAAUAUCAUGAGGUGCUGAAAUUCGUCCCUGAGGCUGGGCAUCCCAGAAGAAAAGGCAGAACCAGGAACAACAUGGCCUUAGUAGAUAUACAGCUGGAUCACCAUGAGCGUUGUGAUUGUGUCUGCAGUUCAAGACCACCCCGAUAAAAAAUGAAUUAAAACAAUAUAAAAAAACAAGACAUAUUAAUUGCGGCUUACUGGACAUUUACUUUUAAGCAGGUUUGCUCUGAGGACCUUUACUCACUAGUCAUUUGAACUUUGCUACUAGCCUGCCUUUGCAAUUAGCAAAAAUGAUUGUUGUGUUUCAGCAUAGCUGUGCUGAUUAGCGCCAUGGCAGCUAAACAGGUAUAUCAUAGAUUUAUGUAUCAGCAUUCAAGAAUAUAGGAUUAUGGUUAUCUGUAGCUAGAUUCUGAGGGUUGAGAUUUUCAAAGCUGUGUAGGUAUUUGUGGUAGCUAGCAAAGAGAUAGUGUUGUGUUUCUGUUUCUCACUCACCUGUUCCUACACUCAAAUUCUGCUGCCAUUUCUGCCCACUCAGCUCUCCUGAUGGUCAGUAGGGGUUUGUGGGUAUAGAUGAAGAGAGAAUUUGAGCUUGUAUGAGUGUAAAAUGGUUUGCCCAGCUCUGAGAGGGAACUUCCCAGUGUUCCCACCCAACAGAGUGAGAUAUAAUGAGCAAAAUGCAUCACUGCAUGAAAUAACACAACCAUAAAGUCAAAUCUGUUUGUACUCGAGCAAAUCAUGUGCUGAAAUUAGUAGAUGCUUUGCAUAAGCUGGGACACUGGUGGCAGCAGGAGGGUGCGACGGCUGGUACUUUUGCCACAGUGACUCCAUGGGAGCCAUUGUCCAGGAGCUUCUGCAGGAGGGGGCUCUAGCCAGGUCCCCCAGUAAAUCUCUGUGGGCUGGGGCUGAUUCUGGUCUCUACCUGCCUGGAUUGGACUCCUGCCCCUUGCCCAGAGCUUCCCACAGUUGCCCAGGAGUAGCCCCCUCAACACAAAAAGGGAGAGAAAACACCCUUGCUGCAGUUCGAGGAGUGCCACAUUUCCCCAAGCAGGCGAUGAAGAUAGGGAACUCGUUUGUUGAAAAUAUUGAUUUGUUUUGCAGUUUUGUUACUGGGAAACAAAGCUGUGUUUGAGAUUUAAUUAUCGUUAUUUGGUUUGGGGUUUGUUUGUUUUAAAUAUGGACUAUUAUAACGUCGUCAUGUAUGCAUUAAUCUUAGUUAUCCAAGGUUAGAUGUCUCAUUUCAGCUCUGUGCAUUGCCAUGGUUAAACUGUUGACAGUGAAUUUCUUUUUGAUUGCAUUUUGCUGAGGUAUAUUAACUCAUUAAGCAAUGUCUGUCUGUCAUGGAAAAUGUGCAUCAUUUAUUAACUUCCAGAAGAAUACUAUUAAACACCACCUCAUAAUAAAAUAAGCACUUUAAAAGCUACAGCAUAGCUUUCUGUGCCUUUUAAAAUAUUAUGAAAGUGCUCUAGCUGAAAAAGGAAAAAAAAGUCCUUCCAAACUAACUUUAAAGGUUUUUAAAUGCUGCUCCAAAUAUGCAAAAUACAGUCAGAUUUAAGUCUGACAAAGAAUUGGAGAUUUGAUCAUGAAUGUAACAGAGGGAAUGGGGCAGCAUUUUUAAUGGCUGAGAUUUUAUAUUUAAUAGCAGACAUAGGCUGCAUUGAUUCAUCUUGUUUGUGUUGCCUCUUGUGCUUCUGUCUCUCUGAAAGAGUGAAGUAGUUUGACAAUAGUGCGUCAUAAUUAGUGGAAACUAGCCUGUGCUAUAAUACUGAGAGCCUUCAAGCCAGUGUAUUUUAGCAAUCUACAAUUCUAUUAUAAAAAUCCCCUAAUGUUCUCACUUACCCCUUUUAUCAGCUCAAGUAUUUUGUGAGUGCUUUUUUGUAAUUUUAGCAAAACUUUACUGAAACGUCCCUUAGAAAUGUGUGUUACUUUCUUUCCUGUACUUUAACCUUUGAGAUUCAAAAAGUGUGGGCUUUUUGUUAUUUAUAUCCAUUUUUCCUCUUUGGCUCCCAGAUGUCUAUUUAAAAAUGCUCCUGAAUGCGGACUUGGGAAGUGAUUCAUCAUUUUUCAAAGCAAUUCACAUUAAAAGAACAUCACUGUAACCAAAGAUUGCCAGUUUCAUUUCAUAGUUCAAGACUGUUUAAAGAAGACUUCAUUCUUUUUUCUGUCGCUAGCUUAAUAGCAAGAUUGACCUAGCCCUUCUGUAAUUUUUAGCUAAUUUUGGAAGAAAUUUGCCUGCAAGACCUUGACAGUACUGAUUGGUUUUGAGACAGUGCAUUCUAAUACAUAUUCCUGACUGAAUUAUGCCCAAAUUGCGCCUGAGCACUCUGGCCUCGUAGUUAGCAUUGGUUGUAGGAAGCACUCGUUUCACAUGACUUUGUCCUUUGAGUGGUCCUUUAAAUCCCACCCACAGGGGAAAACGUGCACCAGGCACGAUAUCACCCACGUGCCUCUGCCUGCUCGCCCAGUCUCCACCCCAACAGCCAUGUGUUGGGAGGGGGAUUUACACCUCCUAAUUUGGGGGUCCCGUCUUGUCUGGGAGUCUGAGUGACCACUAUCGGCAGUUGAGAAAGAGAGGCUCUUCCAAUGUGUGCCUUAGUCCCUACAUUGAAAUUGCCCAAUGUAGGAACUUUUCUUUCUCUCUUUUGAUUAUGAUGUAGGAACAUUGGAAAUCUGAUUUGGGCGUGAGUGAGAUUCACAAAGGUAGAUGGUAUGAGUACUCAUUUUAAAGACUGAGCAAUUAGUAGUUUAGCUAACUGAAAUAAAUACAGGCAGCAGUGGAUGCCAGGGUCUGGCAGAAAAAUCCAUCUGUAAAGCAAAAAGAGAUUGGCAUAAGAGGGAUUAUCCUCUUGCUUAAUGUUGGGUUUACUUUCUUAAAUAUAGGCUAAACUUGUUACAGAAUUUAAAGUAUUUCUCCCGGGACACUUAGUGAUGAAUGGAACCAUUCACUGUUUCAUGCUGCCGUCUGUUAUCCAAACAGUAUCUUCCAGGUCAGUGCAGGAGUCAAGAAGGUGCUUUAUGUUGAAGUGUGGUGAUGACAACAUGUGAACUAAGCAAAACUCCCAAAAACCCGAGCCUGGAGCUGCAUGAAUGACCCUGGUGAUACCAAAUGCCAGCAAAACUUUUCCUUUGUAUUUAUUUGCAGAAAUUGCAGAGAUGUGUUUCCAUGCCUUUAUUUUCUCUUUUGUCUAUGUAAUAAUUGCUAUGUUAUUUACAUUUUGUUUUAACUUAAAAAGCAAGGCUAUUAUAAAAUCUAAUCUGGUUCUUUUUUAUUGGAGGAAUUGGAACCCCCCAAAAUAAAUACAUUUUCAAAAGAAACUCAGAAAGAUUCCUAAUUUCAAACUACUCCCUAGCUUUCUAUUUCCUGUAUUCUUCUGGGAUAGAGCCUACUUUCUCAAGUGCAAUCUAUGUACACUUUUUUUUGUUAUCUCAGUUAAAUGCAGCUUUUUUAGCAGUAUUUUUUACUUUAUGCAGUAUGUAAUGCAUCUUAUCCUGAUGAAAAACAAUAAAUACUGCUUUUGAAAGAA